AUGCUGCUCCAAGCCUGGCUAUUGUUGGUGCUAUAUGCGUCGUUUACCUACAGCAAGGUUUCUCCUGUCAACGAGCGCUGUGUGACGGCAGUGUACACAGCGUGUGGGUAUAUUCCAUUUGCCACACCCCCCGAAGUCCCUCGAGGAUUCUAUGGGUCGCGCUGUCAAAAUCCGUGGACAGUUACCUCCAUCUAUGCUGCUGCCGAUGUAUUCUGCGAUCCAUCUGAGCGAGCGGCAGGUUUCGCUCAGCUCCAAUACUCCUGUCAACAGUUCGGCCAUGUUAAUCUAAUACCACGAGACGCUCUGGCCGCCAAUCUGACUGAGGAUGCUAUUAAUCAAAUGAGAACGGUCGACUAUGGUGAAAUUUCUCCGUCGGAGCCAGUUGAUUACCCUGUUCUCCUCUCGCCUUCGUUCUAUCAUCGUACAUUCCGAACAAUCGAUACUUGGGAAUUUGAGGUCUGGACCCAUUCCGCCUAUGGGUAA